UGUCCAGCAAUUAUUCAAGUAAACUACAUUUUUAUGUGAGCUAACCAACCAUGGACGUGUGUUUCCGCUGUAGAAAAUCCCAGCGAUCCUGCUCAACGUUCAAGAUCAAGGUUUGUGGAUUCUCUUUACAAUGCAGUUGUAGCCUAUUGUAUACAUUACAAAGUUUAUAUUUUUAAUUUUAUUGUGUAAUAUUUGAAAUCCAGUGCACCACUGCCACCCCUUACCUGAUACCGUAUACUUUUGUUUCAUUACAAACUUUCGGUUUUGUUGCCCAGCAUUCUUGUAUAGCUUGUAUUUUAAAUUCCGCAAUUGAACUCGAUAAUCUUAAUAUAUUAUUCAUUCGCAUUCAUAUUAAUAAUUUAUCAAAGCCUUGAACCAUCCAAUAUGUUAUCAAAUUUACAUUCAACCCGGUACCGUGUGUUCAGUGCGUGAAAAAAAGUGAAAAGUGCUAAAAAGCAUUUGAGUAGCGACUAAGUUCUAUGAUGACUAUGAUCACAGUCAAAUUGAUGAAUCGACAUUUUUUCAAUCAGGAGACGGCUUUUAAUACGGCUGGUCUAAAAUCAGUGUUAUAAGUUUUAUAGUAUCCACAUCCCAGUACCUACCCACUGGUAUAUCAUUCUGGUUGCUCCAGUCCUAAACUUGAUCAGUGACGCGACGCGAGUGCAUCGUGUAUGUUAAUGAUGAUCAGUGAUCUGUAGCGGAUGAUUAUCAGACAAACAGCAAAUUAGUUACAUUGACAAGCUUUCACUGGGAUUGAUCCCGGGCUCCAACCCCAAUUUGGGGCCUGUGUGAUAUCAUUUCGGUAGUCGUAUCAGCAAGGGACGUACCUGGCAAGAUUCAAGAUGGCAGAGGACAAGGUGUACAGCAGCGACCUCUCCUACCCCAAAGAAGAGAAAAAGUGCCUAAUGUACAGAAUUUUUGGCCAAGUACCAGCGAGACUCGUCCUUUACCUGCUAUCAUGGUCAGGUUUUCUCGUGUCAUUCAUGAUGAGGAACGAUAUCAACUUAGCCAUUGUGGCCAUGGUAGAACAACCUGCUAGAACCUACAGUAAUUCCACCAAUGAGUAUUGCUUCGUGGUAGAGGAAGUCAGCAAUAACACUGCACUCAUGGACUAUGGGGGCACGCUCCAAUGGUCCGGCCGAAUCCAGAGCUACAUCUUAUCAUCGUUCUAUUGGGCGUACAUAGUGUCCCAGAUAGUAGGCGGCCUAGCAACCCAACGCCUUGGGACCAAGAGGGUGUUUGGUUAUGCCCAGCUGGUGACGGCAAUGUGCAGUUUGUGUAUCCCGACAGCUAGUGACGUGCAUUGGGGGCUUGUCAUUGCGCUUAGGUUCGCUCAAGGUUUCGCUUCGGGUUUGACUUGGCCAGCUAUGUAUGCACUAGUAGGUCACUGGAUCCCUGUACCAGAAAGAAGCAGAUUUAUGUCCAGUUUUCAGGGCUUCAGUAUUGGUAUUGGCAUCACAUACCCUCUAGCUGGAUUCUUGAUUGCUCACUUAGGUUGGAGAUCCGUUUUCUAUACAACCGGAUCUAUAGGAAUAUUGUGGUGUCUGAUAUGGUACUUAUUGGCAUUUGAUAGUCCAGAAACUCAUCCAAGAAUCAGUCUCAGGGAACAACAGUACAUCAAAGAGAAUACUGAAAACACCUACGCUAAUGUAAGAACAGCGGAAGUACCAUGGAAGGCUAUUUUCUCAUCUAUGCCUGCUUGGUCUAUUGGAAUCACUACAUUCGGACGAAUCUGGGUACAUUAUACAUUUAUCAUUUCUGGACCUACAUAUAUGAAGAGUAUUUUAGGAUUCAGCAUUGAAAAGAAUGGAUUAUUGUCGGGAAUGCCUUUUCUCUGCAGUUACAUUGCAUCGGUAUUUUUCUGUUAUAUUGCUGACAAGUUAGUCACCAUGCAUUUGAUGACCUUGACCAACGUUAGAAAACUCAUGACUGCCUUAGCUCAAGUUGUACCUGGUAUCUUAGUCCUUCUUAUAAGUUAUUUGGGAUGUGACAUUGAAUUAGUCCUUGUUGUUUGGUUCUUUGCUGUGACCCUCAUCACCGCUGCGUAUGCUGGCGCCAUGGCAAAUGUUGUUGAUAUUGCUCCAAAUUUCGCGGGACCAGUACUGGCGUUCGCCCAAACCAUCCACAUGUCGGCCAGUUUCAUCAGUCCAUUGGUAGCGUUCCACAUUCUGGAUGAAAAGGAACACUUAAUGUCAUCUUGGAGAUACGUGUUUUACCUUACGAGUUUUGUAGCCAUUUCUACUUAUAUUGUAUACCAAAUCUGGGGAACAGCUGAGACUCAGCCCUGGAACUACGCCAAUGGGUUACCGUCCACUCCAGAGCAAGAAGAACUCAUGAAUGAUGGGUCUCCAUCUAGAAAUGGUCCGAACAUUGUGAAGAACGGAUCUGUCAGCACAAACACAGAAGUUAUAGCAUAAUGGGUGUCGUAAUCGAGUUUAUGCUGCUGCUUAUUUUUGUUUUGACAAUGAAAUUUCCCCAUGUGACACUUAUAUUGGUAUUCUUCAAAAUUAAAUUUAUUUUAAAAUAUUCCAUGCUUUUAAUGUUACUCUGAGAUUAAACUUCUGAAUCAAGUUUAACCAAGCAUCAUCAGCUCAUUUUGCGUUGACUUCCCUUCAACGUUGGCUGGCCUUGGAAAUCCGCUAAAUAGUGGCUGAAAUUGUGACUGGAACUAUCGAAAAUUAAAGUAAAAGGUUAUAAGUUUCCCUCAACAGUAAUUUCAUGGAUUGAUUUUUAAAUUCCCAAGUUCUAGUUGACAUUGCCAACUAAUGAUCCAAGGAUUUGGACUCGACGAAUAUUUUCGUAAUAUUUCCAGGAAACAAAACUCAGAAACAGACUGAUCGAGAUAAAGAACAUAUGCCAACUUUGCAUGGUCAUCAAUUGAAUGGAGGUCAGGGUUCUAGCAACUCAAAAAACAUAUAACACUGAGCAGCAGCAUUCAACCUUGAAAAACUGAGCAAAAGAUUCAGGGGUUGUCCAUGACAUUUUCGCCCAAGUAUUAAUGGGAGAUCGAUUCUCUAAUGAAGUGAAGGAUCUGUUUAAAGAUAUAUGGUAUUCCUCAUAAUAUGAUUGUGAUAAGCUUAGUUAUAUAGUUCAGUAGAUUUAAUCAGAAAUAUAGUGAGAAAAUAUGGGGCAUAAUUUAAGUGAUAGUAUGUUCAAAAACAGUAUUAGGUGUCAACUUCAUCUGAAAUGAUUUAUAUAUAUAUAAUUAUAAGUACUGUAACAAUAGAUGAUUUUGGGUGAUUAUAUUACAAUAUAUCUUGUCAAAAGCUGCUUUAUGUGUUGAGUAUUAUUUUUUACUCAUCGACUCUUCAAUCAACAGAUCUUCUAUUUUACAAAUAGAACCCUAGUUGUCGGUUUUGCGGUAAAACGCUCUAUAUUUCAGUUUUCCAUUAGACAGACAAUAUGUCCCAACUAUCUUAGAAUAAGUAGCUAGUUGGUAUGGUACGUAUGGUUACCAAAAUUAACUAUGCUUCAUGCUUAUCUUGCAAAAAAUUCGUUUAAGGUUAUUGCAACGUAUAAUGUAUAUAUACUACAUCCAAUGAUAGUUUGGAAUGAUUUAAAACAUUUGUAUCCAAUGCAAAGUAAUAUUAAUUAUGAUACAAGGGGUUGUUGCAAAAUGCUAACAAUUACAGGGUGUCCAUUGGGAAAGUUAACUUCUUGAUUUAAGAAAAAAAAAUACAAACUUGAUGAAAAGAAAAUAUUUAUUACUAACAACAUAUUCGUAAAUUCGGCGGGUUUUAUUUCUUAAAUAUCAUUCCGUUUAAAUGUUUACAUCCCUUCGGACAUACUAAUCGCGCGCACAAAUUCUGAAACACUCUGAUGCAGAGUUCCGGAGUGAUGUUUAUUUCUCGUCGAAUGUUGUCUUUAAGCUCUUCCAGUGUUCGUGGAUUAUUGAAAUACACUUUUGACUUUAGAUAACCCCACAAAAAAUGCCGGGUGACGUAGGAGGCCAGUGAAUGUCUCCAAACUUCGGUAUAACAUUUUGAGGAAAAAGUGCUUUCACCAUGUCCAUCGAUUCUCUGAAAGUAUGGGCAGUGGCCCCAUCCUGUUGAAACCAUGUUAAAUCGACGAUCUGUUCUUACAAUAUGAGCAAAAAAAGUGUCAAUCAUGUCCUUGUAUCGCUCGGAAUUGGCUAUCAAUUUGUUCAUCUUCAAAGAAAUACGGCAUAAUAAUACCGCUGGAGGAUAUGGCGCACCAAAUAGUCACCUUGACUAGCGGUUGUUGAUGUUUCUCUUUUGGAUUCGUUGGUGACCAAUAUCUGCAAUUCUGUUUGUUCACAUAACCGUCCAGCACAAGAUUUCCGUAAUACGUAAUCACUUUCCUUUAACUUUAAAGCAUGGACUGACUGGAUUUUAUAAGGAUGAAAACCCAUUUUCUUCUUCAUUAUGCCAUACAGUGUUGACCUAGGGAUUGCCAAGCAGCGGAAUGCCUCCGUACAGAACGCCGAGGAUUUGCAAUGACCGAAUCAUUUACUUACUUCGGUUUAUACAGUAGGUGUGGGGCCAGGAAUGGAUUGACUAAGAGUAGAGCCUGUAUCACCGGACCUCUUAGUGUAGGUUCUUACUUGGGGCAUCUCUUAGUCGGCGAAUGUUGUAUCUUGUACAAAAUAUCCGAAGAGCAGCUGCGUUUGAAUCACCACUCUUAAAGAAAGCCUCGAUAGCAAAAGCACAUUGCGCUCCGGUCCAACGUUCCAUAGUCACUUCCUCGCGUAUACAUUUGCCGCGUAAUUCAAAUUUGAAAUGUGAACUUUCCCACACUGGACUUCGAGUGCUGAAUGACAUUUCACAUGUUUGACUGAUGUGAUUGCCCAUAAUUGUCAAAUGUAACAUGUUGUUAACAUUGUACUUAAUUUGCAGUUCGAGAUGACAUUAAGAACUCAUGUUUAACUAUGUUAAGGUUACAUUACAAUGGAUAUAUUAAAAAAAUAACGCAUUUAAAUUCUGUCACUACUGUUUUUGAAUGUUUUUGUUAAAGUCAUAUGACAAUGAUGCGGGUUUCGAAAUUAAGUCAAUGUUUAAGUUUCGAGUAUUUAGAGUUAAGAGUGUUAUGUUUACUAUAUUGUUUGUAUUGUGUUACGGCAGUAUUGAUGACAAUAAAUUAUGCCAGUAUAUUUUGUAAAUUAGCUACAUUUCAACAAAUCUGUUCUCUACAUGUACUUUAUUAUAUUGUAUAACCAUAAUCUGUUAGUAAGAUUGUUAUGGUUAGCAGUGCACCCUACAUCGUUUUUGUAAAUAUUGGUUAUUUAAAUGAGUUAACUAUUUUUAAUGUACACUGUCGAAUGAGGUUCUAGUUGGUUGCUAUGCUGUCCAAGUUUUGUUAAAUUACAGUGUUUACAAUAUUAGUUAAGAAAACUUGAUUUCCAUCGAGACCAUUCAGAGGCCUGUUUUAUCGUGGGAGAGCUUUGAAGGACAUUUUUUAUAAGACACUGUGGAAUUAUUUUUUCUGUUCCAUAUGCUUCCAAGAAAUUGAAAUCUCAUUCUGAGACACAAUGUCUAACUGAAGGAAAAUCCGUAUCAAAAUCUUUAAUUCAUUAUACUUUGAAAAUAAGUUAAAGCUCUUGAAGUUUUAUGAUGAUCAUAUGUAGUAUAGUAUCCAAAAGGUUAUUUGAAUAAUAUUUUUGUUCACAACACGUUUCUUUGUAAUGGUACUUUUUCGGGCCUUCUUGAUAGGAACUUUCUGGUGGUUUGGAUGUAGUUUCUACUCUAGAAACAUUGUGACUAUUUUUUUGAAUCACCCUGUUUAGAUAAUGGGGAGGUACAAAUGCUCGCGCUUGUCAGAAAAAUAUAUGUCACAAUAAAACAUAGUAAAAUUAAACACACGAUUUUGUUUGCUUACAAGGUGCACAUGGCGUUAUAUACAUUAAAAUCACUGGAUAUAUCAACUAUAUAAUGUAUAUUGUAGUUCUUUUCUGACAAUAUAUGUAAAAUGUAGCUAUGUUUACAUAGAGAUUUAGGUAGUAAAUAUGUUGUAUCGGCUUAACUUACAUAAGUUUACUAUUAUGAAAUGGGCAACUUCAAAACAAAUAAUAUUAAACGACAAUCUUUGGGAAAGAUUCAAUUUAUAGUAGGAGUAAUAUGGAUCUGAUAUUUAAAAAAUGUGAAAAUAAAUCAAAAAAUGAUAACCAUUUCUAAUGCACAAAUUGUUAAAUGCUAGUUUUGAUUUGGUAUUCUUAGCAUUUUCGCAAUUCAAUUCUAUUCAAAUUCAUAUUUUUAUGCUAGAGUGGUUUGUAUUAACAACCAAUUCACAAAUUAUUUUCUCAAAUCACUUAAGGCUAUUUUAAGAUUACUAAUGCUAUUAUGAAUAUGCCCAAAAGUCGAGAAAACAGAGGUCUUAUCAUCUAUGAUUUUCCAAUUAUAACAUAAGUUAAUAAAACAAAAACAGCAGAAAAUUCGACAGUUUCUGAACAUGCUAGAACGCGGAGUUAGAAAGUUUUUGGAGUUUUUUUUUUGGUAAUAGAUCUUGUAUUAGUUGCUGGUCUGUAUCCUGUUUAUACAUAACAAAAGGUAACUCAUCUGUUGGUUAAUUUUUGAAGUUGACAACACUUACAUCAGUUCUGUUUCGACAGGCACUUAGUGAAGAGUCUGCGGUUGACCAAUAAUCGAUAUAUGCUUGAACAACGUUAGGAAGCGCUCAAAAAUGGACGCUUUGACGAGGACCACCUUUUUUACCGAAAAAUCAUUUUUACCGAAUAAUCAUUUUUCGGUUGAGGCCCAUUUUCAUCUUGGUGGCUUCGUCAAUAAGCAAAAUUGCCAUAUUUGGUGCUCAGAAUGGCCGAAUGAAAUUACCUAGAAGCCAAUGCAUCCGCAACGCGUGACUGAUUGGUGUGGUUUGUGGUCUGGUGGCAUUAUUGGCCCUUUUUUUCUAAGAUGACCAAGGACGCGCCGUCACGGUCAUUGGUGUGCGCCAUCGAAGCAUGCUGACUAACUAUUUCUUUCCGAAAACCGAUAAAAAGACUUGGAUAGAGUGUGGUUCCAGCAAGACGGCGAGACCUGCCACACCAGCCACGAAACAAUAGCUCUUCUUCAAGAAUCGCGUAAUUAGCCGUUUCGGUGCUGUGACUUGGCCACGGCGAAGCUGCGAUUUAACUCCGUUGGAUUAUUUUUUGUGGGGAAGCGUAAAAGGUAAAUGAUAUGCGGAUACCUCCGCGACGAUAGAGCACUUGAAGACCAACAUUCAUUCAGCCAUCGGUGAGAGACUGCCGCACACUUUGGAAAAUGUACUGAAAAAUUGGGUCGACAGAAUCGGCUAGGUCAAGCUCAGCCGUGGCGCGCGUAUGAAUCAGAUCGUGUUUUAUCAUUAACCGGAAGGAUAGUACUCUCAAAUAAAAAAAACCUGCGUUUUCAUUUUAACCAUCGAUUUAAAAAUUAACGAACAGAUGGAUCACCCUUUAUUAUCUAUUGUUUUCUGUAUUCACAGCCAUUUCGUUAAUAUCAAUAUGAAUUAAUUUCUUGAUUCAUUUUUUAGAAUAUACAAAAUACGCAUUAAUUAUUUUUCCUCUUAAUACAUCUCAAAAUUCUGCUGUAAAUAUAUAGAAGUUAAUCUGAUACUGUCGUAGUCUUAAAAAAGCAGUCGGUGAUUCUUGACGUCAUAUCUUUGAGGCAGUGAAUACCCUAAAAAGCUGGUUUCCAUUAAACCAAUGCAUUUGAGCCUCGCAAUAGAUAUCCGCUACUUAUGACUGAUUUUCUGGUCACUCUAUACUGGUUUCUAUCCUACUGUGGUAUACAAUGUAUUAAGGGUAUGGCCAAGAUAAACGUGCCAAAAUUUGAUCAACUACAUUCCUACAGUUCUCAAUACAAGUGAGUACUUAAGAUGAACGAAAUGAUGUAACUGUUGAUGAUUAAUUUUAUCUAUCUUUAAAUAUAUAAUUGAGAUUAGCAGAAGACUGCACAGAAUUUGUGAAUAUCUAAUAAUGUAUGUUACCUACAUAUUGAUGUUUCUUGGUAUCACAACUCUCACUGUUUUACUAUUAUAGAACAUUUUACUGUAUAUUUCACAUAUAGAAUAACUAUAUAAUAAAUGAAGAUAUAUUUUUGUUUAGAGCUUUAUUUCAAGAAAAUACAUGUAUUGAAAGAAGUGUGUUGUAAUCGAAACUAAUAGAUAAUUUAUAAUAAUAUAUAAUAAACGAGGACGCAAUUAA